AUGACUGCCGCAGACACCCUUUCCCUGACCGGCAAGACAGCCAUCAUCACCGGCUCCGGCAAGGAAAACGGCAUCGGAGCCGCCAUCGCCCACGCCCUCGCCCGCAACGGUGCCCGCGUUGCCAUCAACUACCUCUCAGAGGCCACGGCUCCUCGCGCCGCCAAAGUGGCAGCCAGCAUCGAGCGAGUCGCGGGCAAGGGCAGCGUCAUUGUCAUCCAGCAGGACGUUACCACGCCCGAGGGAACACAGAAGCUGGUCAAAGAGGCUAUCAAGGGCUUUGGUGUUGAUCAUAUCGACAUUCUCGUCAACAAUGCCGCUUGGGCUUCGCGAGAGCCCGUCCUGACUGCGACUCAAGAGUCCAUCGAACGAACAUUCAAGACGUGUGUCCUGGGGCCGCUGUACCUCAUCCAGGCCACAGUCCCGCACAUGCCCCAAGGCGGCCGAAUCGUCAACAUCGGCAGCGUCGCUUCAAAGCUGGGCAUCGAAGCCGUCUACGGAGCCGCAAAGGCAGCCAUGGACGCCCUCACAUAUAGCCUCGCAAGAGAUCUGGGGAGCGACGGAAAACGCAUCACCAUCAACACCGUGAUGCCCGGCCCCGUGCUCACCGACUCGCUGCCGCCGACGGCCGAGUUCGAGAUGCUCAAGGAGGGUCUGCUGAACCUGACGCGGGCGGAGAGGAGAUUCGGCACGGUGGAGGAUAUUGCGGACUCGGUGCUGCUGCUUGUGAAUGAAAAGAGCCGAUGGAUUACGGGAGAGUGCAUUUCCGUCAGCGGAGGCAUCACUGGCAACUAG